AUGGCUGACCGUAGACGAGUUCACGGGCCAGGAGGCUCGUUAUGUCUCCCUUCUUAUGAUGACGACGUCGACGUUGCUCUCUCAAGUCGCGACCGGGAGCUGGAAAAUAUCCGGGCAGUUUAUCUCAAAACAGGAGUGACUCCCUCGGCAUCAGGGUCCGCGUACCUGGAAAUUGAACCUACGCGAAGGACUGGCUCUGGGGGCAUGAAGCUCACCUGCACGGUUCACGGCCCGAGAUCUCUCCCUCGCUCUGCGCCCUUCUCGCCGCACAUGGUUCUUUCCACUCACGUCAAGUACGCGCCAUUCGCAACGAAUCAGAGAAAAGGCUAUGUUCGUGAUUCAAGUGAGCGAGACUUGAGCAUUCAUCUCGAGACUGCUCUCCGUGGCGCCAUGAUUGCCGACCGCUGGCCCAAAAGCGGCGUGGAUGUGGUGGUCACGAUUAUUGAGGGAGAAAUAGCCAGCCGUGCUACUGCGGACCCGGGGCUUGAAGCAGUGAACACGAUGAACAUUCUGAGCGGGUGUAUCAAUGUUGCCGCCGCGGCAAUCGCCGAUGCCGGGAUAGACUGCGUGGAUACGAUAUCUGGAGGCGUUGCCGCUCUCAUGGUGGACAAUGACGCGACAACGGUGGUGAUAGACCCGGUGCCGUCCGACCACGACUCUAUACUGGCGGCCUGCUGCGUUGCGUAUCUCCCUGCUCGCGACGAGAUCACAAACCUUUGGCUCAAGGGCCGCUUGCCGUCGGGGGACAACAAUGCUCAUCAAAGGCUCGUCGCCUGGGCCGUCCAAGCAAGUAAAGCAUCGAGGCAAGCCACUGCCGUCGCUCUCCGCAAGGGGCCACCAGGAAUGCAAUAG